UUCCAGUGGGGACACACCAUGACUUCGCAUCGGAUGGAGGUAUGGAGUGAGAGCCAGCGAGGGGAUCUAAGACGCGGCCAGAGCCUGGCCCUGGACAGCGGCUACUGGGUAGAGCACCUGGUCUCUGUACCCAGCCAACAAGUCUUUGUCGCGGCCUGCAAUGACCUCUCCCUGCGGGUGUUCUCAGACCAGAAGCAGGGCAUGGAGUUCCUGUACCGAGCCGACUGCUUGGGCUCUGUGGUCUGCACGUGCUACUGCAAGGAGACAGGCGAGCUGCUGACUGGCAGCAUGGGUCUCAUCACCUUCUGGGGCUUCUGGACCACUCCGCAGACCCACCUGGGCGUGGUCAGGAUCCUGGACUGGCGCUGCAGCUCCUUGGACAGGGACUCCACUGUUAGUGGCCUGGUGACGGAGAUGCAGACUGCCACCCUCUAUGCGCUCUGCAACCGCAGCAUCAGGACCUUUGACCUUGUGGGGAAAAAAGAGCACAGGUCUUUCAGUGGCCACGGUCAGGGUACCCUGCGCUGUGUGUCACCUGAUUGGGGGCAGAGGUAUAUCUUCACGGGGGACAUGACAGGAUUCGUUCAGGUGUGGAGCAGUGAUACCAGGAGCCUGCUCCGGGAGUUCAGGGCGCACACCGGCUCCGUGUCCGCCGUCCUGACGAGGCGCAGCACCCGCACACUGCUCUCAUCCUCCCCGGACGGCUGGGUAAAGGAGUGGAGCUCCAGCGGCGACCUGCUCCUCAAGCUCUUCCUGGACGAUUUGGGGGGGGUACGCAGCCUGUUGUCCCUGGGUGAGCGCCGCGUCCUGUGUCACUCCCCUUCAUCCUUCUCCGUCUGGGGUCUCCAGGACCUGUGCGUGCCGUUUAAUAACCCGGGCUGCGGGAUGCAGCUCCUGAGGCGGGUGGAGAGCGGUCCAGGCCGGGCGCAGAUCCUGGCUGUGUCGCAAGACGGUAUUGCUAGACUAAUCUGUCCCGCAAGCGGAGAGCUGCUGGCCUUCUCUUGGCCCUUCCUCAUCUUGGACCAGGCCAUUGGGUUUGCCUUUAACCCCGGCCGAAAGGAGUUGUUUGUGGCCAGUGGUCGUCCAGAGGUCCUGGUGCUGGACACAGCUUUGUGCCCUUGCCCAGCCAAGCAGAUAAUCCAGACCGCAAAGGACCAGAACGUGGAUGACAGUGUACUGUGCCUGGAGGCUGUGAUGGUGGGUGGGGCCAGCCCACAACUCUGCCUUGUAUUCAGUGGCCUCAGCAACGGGAAGCUCCAGCUGCUCUCGCCCAACCGGCUGCACUGCCCGGCCAGGAAGGCCCACGAUGGGGCUGUUUUAGGGAUGAGCAGCCUGUCCGGGCCCAGGACCCAGCUCUGCUGUUAUGGCUCAGACAAGCAGCUCAGUGUAUGGGAAGUGGAGGUGGGGGAAGCUCAUGUAGAGGUUGUACCUCUGGCCAGGGUGUGUUGCUCCUCGGGCCUGGUUCUUUUCCGACUCCUCUCUGGCCUGGUGUUUGCGGUGUCCCCCGACUAUAGUCUUUUAUUCUUCUCCCUGCCUGACGGGGCUUGUUUUAGAACGAAUAGAAACCCCCCGACCUCAAUCUCUUGCAUAGAUUGCAAUGCCACUCUAGGGUUGGUGGUGGUGUCUGGCCCGGGAGGCACGGUGGAGUUGUGGGAGACCCGAGGCGUGCAGCUGGCUGAAAUACGCCUAGGCAGGGCGGUCAGCCAGGUUUGCUUCGCUAACGCCCGCGGGGACCUGAUGGUCUGCUUUGGAAGCCAAAUUUACAUUAUCUCCGGCCUUCGCUUCCUGCCGGCCAGGCUGCUUCAGCGGAUACUGGACCUGGCUCCUCCAGAUGACAUCCUGCAGGAUCCCCUCCCAUUUCGACCACACUCCCAGAGUUGCUAUGAUAUUUCCAACAUUCCCCAGCAGUUCCUGAAGCCUGGGCUGGCCACGCCAGGGCUGACGGAGGCUCCGGUGGCAGUUGAAGACUUGACGCUAGACAGUGAUAACGUAUUGGUAAUGCUUGACAAGGAGCCGAGGAAGAAGUCUCUGCUGAAUACGGCACCAGCUCCACACAGCGUAAAGCGAGAUCAGCUAGUGGUGGACGCAGAAGUGAAUCUAGAGGAGGAGCCAAUGGAAGGGGCGAGAUACUGUCAAACUGUCAAGUGUCAAACAUCAGUCGAGCCUCCCCGUCUGAACGCACUUGUGAACUGGCCUGUGGCUCCGGAUGGCUUCCUCCCCAACUCCAUACUCCGUAACUGGAAGCCUGGGCAGGAGCCACCAGAAGCCAUAUUGCCAAACGUGGCCAAAGCCCUUCUCAGAACGUUUUGCCAGUCAGAGGAGGAGCUCUCACAAGUGUCCUUAAUUCUCGAUAAGGCCAAAGAAGCGCGACUCAACAAACCCAUUGCCAUGCCUAAGCUGUUUGACACCCCACCCGAAGAAGAGGAAAAUAUUUCUGGCAAAGGCAAUGAGGUUCUUAAGAGUAUCGCCGAGAGUCUAUGGCUGGUCUACAGACCUGAUGUGGAUUUGGCUGAGGUUGUAAAAGCCUUAAUGUUGUCCAUGGAGAGUACAGACAGUGACGUCUAUCUGAACUGCACCGAAGCCCUGUUGGUCCUGUUCCAGACCUACGACAUUCCUCCAGCAGUCAUGAGAAAUGUUAAUGUCUGUCUCCUGAAACAUAUCCAAAAAGGGAACCCCUGUGGGAAACGCUUGGGAGGCAUGAAGAUCCUCAAUCAGCUUGGUCUCCUCCAGGACAAAGACCUGCACUUGCUGGUGGAAGUCAUCCUAGACCCAGCGAUGGAACUUCGGAAGACGGUCAAGUACCUCCUGAGUCAUGUCUACGGCAUAGAGAACAAGACCACCCUGCUGAGUAGAAUUCAGGCCAGUGAAGACCCUCCCAAGAAGCUCCUUAACCAGCUGGAUGAAAAUUUGUCUGAGGAUCUGGAGUUGAAUAGCUCAAAAGAUGCAUCCACAGUACAAAGAAGGCCAAGGCCAAGGAGGGGCUCUGGGCCCUACUUGGAGUUCACAGGCAGUGUCAAAGACAUUUCAAUACCUAAGCAAGAUCAGAUGUCGGCUCCUGACAUCCCUCUUAUGAGGUCCCUCAGGCAUCCCAAAGAAUCCCCUAUCUCGAAAGAGGAGCUGGGCCCUGUCCACCCACACAACAAUUUCAAGCUUCACCGCCGCUUACCAAACCCAUUCCAGAGACUUUCUCUGUCCAUAGUCACACAGGACAGCUUCAAGGAGCUCUCUGAGGACACACAAGUGCAGGUCUAUGACCCCACCCUCAUGGAUCUCUACAAGAAAUCCAAGGCUUGCAAGCAGUCUUGCAGCCAACUACCCACCAUCAAAGCCCCCAUGGUCUCUGGGGUCAGCUCUGUAGAGGUGGGCAGGCAGGCCAGUCUGGUGCAGCUUCCAGCUGGUCCCCAAUGCUUCAGGCUGGAGCCUGUCAAGGGUAUGGGGGACUUCGACUGGAAGGAGAGCCUUAACAAGCUUGUAACCAUACACGGCUUCCGCUCCCCAGGGACUAUUAGGCAGGCUCCUCUUGGCCCACUGGCUGUCCAGUGCUUCCCCCGCACCCUGCCCCCUCUUCAGGCCAGGCCGACCAGAAACCUGUCCCCGGGCCAGAGGGUGGUGGGGAAGAUCCAGUUCAGGGAGCUGUCGUUGGAGAGGCGCCCCUGCCUAUUCCACCAUGUGCUGCCUUUGCCCUGGCAGCUCAACUGCCACACCCUGGAUCCGUCAGGAGCCUGUUGUUACGGGAGGCUGGAAGAGGACUGGGUGAGGGAGCCCAUGGUGCCCCAGAGACAAAAUGUGAAGGAACUGUCUCUGCCACCGAUUACACCCUCCUAAUCACCAGGGGGCAGUGUGGGGCUAAUAUACAUACUCUCGGUAUGUCUGCUUGAUAAAUUUCCUAAAUGUUGUAGAAUUGAAAGGC